UGGACGUUAAAUUGAAACGCGUCCAACUUUUUUCCUCACUAAAGAAUCGCAAAUGGCCUCUCCGCCGACGCUCCCGAUAUCGACCUCCCAAUCCGACACGGUGGCGUCGUCGAUCUCCACCCGCGCCUUCCGAUCCUUCCUCUCCAACCUCUCCGCCACCAUCCGUCACGGCCUCUCCCAGCGCCGCCCCUGGUACGAACUCCUUGAUCGCUCUUCCUUCGCCCGUCCCGACUCCUUGUCCGAAGCCGCAUCCCGCAUCCGCAAGAACUCCUCCUACUUUCGCGUCAAUUACAUUUCGCUAAUCGCCCUUUCACUUGCUUUAUCUCUUCUGUCCCACCCUUUCUCGUUACUUGUCCUCUUAGGCCUACUCGGCGCGUGGUUUUUCCUUUACUUAUUCCGUCCUUCGGAUCAGCCACUUGUUAUUGGGGGACGCACAUUUUCGCCUCGUGAGAUUUUGGGGAUUUUGGUGGUGUCUACCGUAGUUGUGGUGUUCCUAACCAGCGUUGGAUCGCUGCUCAUGUCAGCUUUGCUUGUCGGCCUGGCAGUUGUUUGUACGCACGGCGCAUUCCGCGUUCCCGAGGAUUUGUUCCUGGACGAUUCGGAGCCGGCUAAUGCUGGGUUGUUUUCCUUCCUAGGUGGCGCAGCUUCCGCCGCGGCUGCAGCUGCACCAUCCGUUGCCACUCGUGUGUAAUUUGAUUCGAUAAAAUCCAUUCGGAUGUAAUAGAUCCAUAUACAAAGGUAAUAGAUUGGCUUCUUUUAAUACUACUUGGUGAUUAUUUUAAUGUUAUUUAGAGGAAUUGUAAGAUUUCUCGGUAGAAGAAUAUAUGUGGAACUGCCUCAUCAUUAGGGGAAAUUUGGCUGGAGAUUUUGUACCUAGAUUGGAUCUGUCACUUGCUAUUUAAAAUCUGUGUUUUGGAUGAUUUAUGUAAUCUUUCGUCACACGUUUCUUGUUGAAUUAGAUGUUCAAUUAUUUCGUCAGAUAUCAAUUAUUUAGCAGACAUUUUGCUCA